AUGAAGUAUACCGCUCUCUUCGCAGCGUUCGCAGCCCACGCUGCUGCCGUCAGCGUCUCCGGUGCUGCUGAGGGUUUCGCCAAGGGCGUGACUGGUGGUGGCUCUGCGACUGCCGUCUACCCUUCUACCAACGAUGAGCUGGUCUCUUACCUUUCUGAUAGCGAGGCUCGUGUCAUCGUUCUGACCAAGACCUUCGACUUCCGUGGCACUGAGGGUACUACCACCUCCACCGGCUGUGCUCCUUGGGGCACUGCCUCCGGCUGCCAGGUUGCCAUCAACCAGAACGACUGGUGCACAAACUACGAGCCCAAUGCGCCCUCCGUCUCCGUUUCCUACGAUAACGCCGGUAUCCUGGGUAUGACCGUUGCCUCCGACAAGACCCUCAUCGGUGAGGGCUCCGCCGGUGUCAUCAAGGGUAAGGGCCUUCGCAUCGUCAGCGGUGCCUCGAACAUCAUCAUCCAGAACAUUGCUGUCACUGAUAUCAACCCCGAAUACGUCUGGGGUGGUGAUGCCAUCACCAUCGACAACUCUGAUAUGGUCUGGAUUGACCAUGUUACUACUGCUCGUAUCGGUCGUCAGCACAUCGUCCUGGGUACCGAUGCCUCCAAGCGUGUGACCAUCUCUAACAACUUCAUCAACGGUGUCUCCACCUGGUCCGCUACCUGCGAUACCUACCACUACUGGGCCCUCUACUUUGACGGUGACAGCGACCUGGUCACCUUCAAGGGCAACUACAUCUACCACACUAGCGGUCGUUCCCCCAAGGUCCAGGGCAACACCCUCCUGCACGCCGUCAACAACUACUGGUACGACAACACCGGCCACGCCUUCGAGAUCGGCACCGGUGGCUACGUUCUCGCCGAGGGCAACGUCUUCCAGAACAUCAACACUAUUGUCGAGUCCCCCAUUGACGGAUCCCUCUUCACUGCCCCCUCCACUACCGAGAACAAGGUGUGCAGCACCUACCUCGGCCGUGUCUGCCAGAUCAACGGAUUCGGAUCCUCUGGCACCUUCUCUCAGAGCGAUACUGGCUUCCUGUCUGACUUUGAGGGCAAGAACAUUGCUUCUGCUACUGCUUACACUUCCGUUGCAUCGAGUGUGACCAACAACGCUGGCCAGGGUAACCUGUAA